CUCACCACUACCCUUGAAUAAUCAGUGUAAAGUAAACGAUAAACAACAAGUCUACAUACGCAAUUUUCAUUGAUUCCGUCUUUACAUACCCUCCACACGCUCUUCACACUUAAUCUUCAAUUAAAGAAAGAAACCAACACAUCAACUACAACGUGCGACCAACAACACCCAUUUUCUCCCUUCAUCUUUUGACACCUAACGUGCGAUUGGAGAAAUAAUAUUCAAUUUCUUGACAUUUAAUGUGUACUCACCCAAAUUCAUUGACUUCAAUUAUAGACUCUUGGUUGCCCAUCAGGUGUUCGAUGUAUUGCCUAGUUGAAUAUCUUUGUCAAAGCUUAUCAAUUUGGGGUUUUUUCUUGUGAUUUUUUGUGGGUUUUGAGUGUAAAUUGGUUCUGGUUGGAUUUCGAUGGAGCAGUUAGAUUCAAAGAUGCAAUAAAGUUUUGCUUUUUGGCUGCUCAACAGUUUUAUAAUAAUUUAGAAAAAUGGGCACACUUAAUCAUCUGCAGAUGGUGGGAUUCAAUUCCCAUGUGGAAUUGGGAUCGAUAGAGGGGAAGCCGAUUAUGGAGCCACAAGACGAGGGUCAUUCCGGUUCAGUAUCAACGAAAAGAAAUAUGUUUCCUGUUAAAGCAGUUGUUGAAUUUUGGGGGAAAAAAUAUAUAUGGAGUACAGUAAUUACUAGCAUAAAGAUUGCUUUUUUAUCUGAUAAGAUUAAUUUACUUAUACCUUUUGGCCCAUUAGCAAUACUGGUUGAUUACUUCACUGGUCAUCAUGGUUGGGUCUUUUUCUUGAGCUUGUUGGGCAUCAUACCGUUGGCAGAACGUUUGGGUUGGGCUACCGAGCAGUUGGCUUUCUACACUGGGCCUACAGUUGGGGGUCUUUUGAAUGCUACUUUCGGCAACGCAACAGAGUUGAUAAUAUCAAUGUACGCAAUGAAACACGGUAUGCUACGUGUCGUACAACAAUCAUUACUCGGGUCAAUUUUGUCAAACAUGUUGCUUGUUCUCGGAUGUGCGUUUUUCUGUGGAGGAAUCGUUCAUCCUAAUAAACAACAAGUGUUCAACAAGUCAAAUGCUGUAAUGAGCUCCGGAUUACUGUUAAUGGCAGUUAUGGGUCUGUUAUUCCCAGCUGUUCUCCACUUCACACAUACCGAAUUGCAUUUCGGGAAAUCGGAAUUAGCACUUUCAAGAUUUAGCAGUUGUAUAAUGCUUGUAGCGUAUUGUGGAUAUAUCUUUUUUCAGUUGACUAGUCAAAGGAACAACUCGUAUACCCCGAUCAUGGAGGAAACUAAUCCGGACGAUGGUGGUUCAGAUGAUGAAGAAUCUCCGGAUAUUUCGAAGUAUGAAUCGGUUAUCUGGCUCAGCAUCUUGACACUUGUCAUUUCGGUUCUUUCGGAAUAUCUAGUCAACACAAUUGAGGGCGCUUCUGUUGCGAUGAAUAUUCCAAUAGCAUUUAUUAGUGUUAUUCUGCUUCCUAUUGUUGGAAAUGCAGCAGAACAUGCUAGUGCGAUUAUAUUUGCAGUUAAAGACAAGCUUGAUAUAUCUUUAGGAGUGGCGAUUGGCUCAUCAACACAAAUAUCUAUGUUUGCGAUACCUUUUUGUGUGGUGGUUGGGUGGAUCAUGGGACGUCCACUGGACCUAAAUUUUCAACUUUUCGAGACCGCAACUCUUAUUAUGACGGUUCUGGUAGUGGCUUUCAUGUUGCAGGACGGAACGUCUAAUUACUUCAAGGGAUUAAUGCUUGUAUUUUGUUAUUUGAUAGUCGGUGCAAGUUUUUUUGUACAUGUAGAUCCUCAAUCUAUACAAGAUAAACCGUAAAAGCCGUAGUUGCAGAAGAUAAACCCCUUCAGUUCUACAUUUUCUUAAAUGUCUUUCAUGAUGGUGUAAUUUUUAUUGCAUACUACUACUAUGUAAUAGUAGUUCAUAAUUGUUAUCCAUGAUGGCUGUAGAUAUAUUCAGUUUUCAAUAUUAGUUAAUUCUGGUAUUUUUA